GAGGAGGAGAGUUGGGAGUGGUGUUCAGUAGUAGAUCCUUGCAGGCUGAGUGUGUUUGACUGCAGUGCUGUGGUGAAGCAGCAGCGCUCCUGAUAGGCUCCUUCACUUCCCAGCCAGACAGCAGGCAAAGCCCUCCCUCUAACUCUCUCACCCACACACACCUCUCUCUCCUCCUCUCCCUGCAUCUACUGCUCACUCUGCUGCUGAACACACACUGACAGACACACACAUAUACUCUCACAUACACAGUGACACACACUCUCUCUCUGCGCAUUUCGGGGACAGAAGCCGGUAACUCUCGCCCUCUCUCUGCAUGACUGUCACAAAGGGCACUGUCACUACUACACAAUACAAGCUCAUCUAAGAGGAAAUUUCUUUAUUACUAUGUCAUGGCGCCCGACCUACCGAAGCUCCAAGUUUCGAAACGUUUAUGGCAAAGUGGCCAACCGGGAGCACUGCUUCGAAGGCAUCCCCAUCACAAAGAAUGUCCAUGACAACCACUUCUGCGCUGUCAACAGCAAGUUCCUCGCCAUAGUAACUGAGAGUGCUGGAGGAGGGUCCUUCAUCGUUAUCCCGGUCACUCAGUCCGGCCGCAUUGACCCUCACCACCCGAAAGUAUGUGGUCAUCAAGGCAACGUUUUGGACAUCAAGUGGAACCCUUUCCAUGAAAACAUAAUCGCCUCCUGUUCUGAAGACUCUUCUGUGAGAAUAUGGGAGAUUCCAGAUGGUGGUUUGAGGAGAAAUAUGACUGAAGCCAUACUGGAGUUGUAUGGCCACAGUAGGCGAGUGGGCCUUAUAGAAUGGCAUCCCACCUGCAACGGCAUCCUCUUCAGUGCUGGAUAUGACUACAAGAUCUUAAUCUGGAACCUGGAGAUUGGAGAGCCGGUGAAGAUGAUCGACUGCCACACAGAUGUUAUCCUCUGUGUGUCCUUCAAUACUGAAGGAAGCCUGCUGGCCACCACCUGCAAGGACAAGAAGCUGCGGGUCAUUGAACCUCGCUCUGGUCAGGUGUUGCAGGAGGCGAACUGUAAGAACCACAAAGUAAACCGUGUGGUGUUCCUGGGCAACAUGAAGCGCCUCCUGACGACAGGGGUGUCCCGCUGGAACACCCGACAGAUUGCACUGUGGGAUCAGGAAGAUCUAUCCAUGCCAAUCAUAGAGGAGGAGAUAGACGGCCUGUCAGGGCUGCUGUUCCCUUUCUAUGAUGCAGACACACAUAUGCUGUAUUUAGCAGGCAAGGGUGAUGGAAACAUCCGCUACUAUGAGGUCACUACGGAGAAGCCAUAUCUGCAGUACCUCAUGGAGUUCAGGUCUCCUGCCCCUCAGAAAGGACUUGGUGUAAUGCCCAAACAUGGCUUAGACGUGGGAGCUUGUGAAGUUUUUAGGUUCUAUAAGCUGGUGACGCUGAAAGGACUGAUCGAGCCCAUCUCCAUGAUUGUGCCAAGGAGGUCGGAGACGUAUCAGGAGGACAUCUACCCCAUGACUCCAGGAACAGAACCUGCACUCUCUGCAGACGAGUGGCUCAGCGGCAUUAAUCGAGGGCCAGUCCUAAUAUCUCUGAAGGAAGGCUACAGCAGACCUAACAAGCUGGUGUUCAAGGCCCCAGUGAAAGAGAAGAAGAGUGUGGUGGUGAACGGGAUUGACCUACUGGAAAACGUGCCUCCCCGCACAGAGAACGAGCUCUUGCGGAUGUUCUUCAGGCAGCAGGAUGAGCUGCGGCGGCUGAAAGACGAGCUCUCUCAGAAGGACAUUAAAAUCCGACAGCUCGAGCUCGAGCUAAAUAACCUGAGAAACAGUCCAAACAUCAACAACCGCAACAACAACAACAACAACGAUGACGACAACAGCAUGUGAAAUGGGCACAGACAGCUGGUUCUUCAGGUUGAAUAACACACAUUGGACGCCCAGCAAUGCUGAAUUUCCACACAGCCCCCCACUCCUACACCCUGGUAGCCCUCAUCCCUAUUACACAAUGCAGAGCAUUUGUCCCCCACUGAGCAGCGUCUCGCCCUGACCCCAACUGUUGAUGCCUUUAAUGCCGUGCCAGCAUGAGACUUUACUGGGGCAUUGGUCAGUCCCUCACUUAAACCUUCUCACACCUAUGGCCUAAGUUGACUGCCAUUUGACCGGCACUAUGGAUACAAAGCUCAUGUAUACGUACAAACGACAGGGAAAGUAGUUUAAAGGGACAAGACAUGAAAUAAGUUGUGUAUAAUACACAUGCAGGGCUUCUUUCUUCCUUAGUUCUUUAUUAUUUAUCUAUUAAUUGUAAUCUCUCAUUUUCACACAUACUCUCUCACACUUUCUUCCUUUUUUUCCUAUUUCUUCUCUAUUUCGAAUGUGUCGGCUGCCAGACUCGCAGCCCUGGAUUGGAAUGGCUUUGAUAGAUGAUUUGAUGCAAGCCAUUAACUGUGUUAUCAUCUACUUUUGGUGUUUUCUUUUUAUGAAUUUAUAAUUGUAAUUAUUUAUUUUGUUAUAUGUUCUUUGCAAUUAGUCAUUCUGAUUAAUGGCGCUCAUCUCAUCUUUAUAACCACAGACGUAGAGCUAGUUACCAAAUAUGUCUUAUAAACUCACUUCACCUGUCUUGUCAUAUUCGUCAUGAUAUUUUAAAGGAAUGAUUUGGCAAAAAAUCUAAUUUACACCAUUUUUUACUUACCCCAGAUGUAGUCUUUUAGCCAAGAAAUAUUUGGUGUCUCAAUUUCUUUCCUUUUGUUUCACUCUAGAGCUGCGGUACUGAUGUUGUUAACAAACACUAGAAGUCAAUAGUCAUCCAAAUCUUUUUCGUAAAAACAUACCCAAAACGUCUCUUAACUCACUUGAACUGCAUCCAGGUUUUGGUUUAGGACACAGUAUGACAUACUGUAAACUAAAAAAUGCAAGUAUAUUAGUUUCACAAUUUCUGGUAGCCCACAGUGUUCAGCUACAUGGUGAAAUUUUGUUCAUUUUUAGCUCACAGUAAAUCAACCUGUGUACAACUACAAGUCUGCGAAACUUGAGCGAGUUAAGAGACAUUUUGAGGACGUAUUUACAGAAAAGAACAAGGUAACUAUUGACUUUCAGUGUUUAAUAGCAACAUCAGCAUUUUGGCACGAGCUCAAGACUUAAUGAACACAAUUUGAACCACAAAACGUGACUACAGUACAUCUAGUAAGUGGAAAAUGUUGUAAAUUGUAUUUUUUAACCAAACAAUUCCUUUUAAGGUACAAUAAUUCUGAUUUACUCAAAAGCUGUGAAAUUGUCCAUGAAUAUCUAGAAGUUGCUAGUCAUUGUGCUAAGGUCUCAUACUGGUUGCAACUUAAAUUGACUCCCUAUUCUGUUGUCGUGACCAAGGAGCAACUGAUAUCCGAAAGAUAAAAUGUGCUUAUUGUAUCUUUAACUGGAAUGUCGAUAGGAGGUUCAGGACUGUUUUUGAUUGUAUAGCAGUGGCAAGUUCAUGUAGAAUACAUUCAGCACAAUAAAACCACAAUGUAGGAAUCCAGUUAGAAUACAGCCAACAUCACAUUAAUUGUACAAAGUUGAAGAGUGUUAAACUGAAUGCAUUUGAAAGUCUCUAAAAUGA